AUUUAAAAUUCCAUAGACGCUGACAGUAGAGAAUUUUAAUUUUUCAAUUCAUGAGCAAAAGCAGAUUCUUCCUGCAUUUAUAUAUUCAAUUGUAUAGAAUAAUAGUAUUUGCCAAUUUACUAUCUUCAAUUGUUUGAGCUCAAUAACGCUAGUCCUUCUUGAGAAUUUUCUUGUUCAGCGACAAGAAUUUGAUUAAAACCACAAAGCACAUUGAUUUUGUUGGAUAGUCUUUUUGAUAAAUGACUGUGAAGAUAAAUGGAUUUCCUGAAGGCACUCUGCCUGAGGAGCUACUUAAGCUUCUACAAUCAAUAGCCUCAAAUUUGGGAGAUUCAAUAGAUAUUUCAUCUCUAAAGGUUGUUCAGUUAAGCGGAGCCAUGACAAACGAGGUAUACAAAAUAAGCUGGCCCACAAAGCCCGACAAUAAUCAUCAAAACACAGUUCUUGUCAGAAUGUACGGUGAAGGAGUUGACCACUUCUUUGACCGUGAUGAUGAAAUCCGGACUUUCGAGUGCCUCUCGGAAAACGGUCAUGGCCCUAAACUCUUGGGAAGGUUUCGUGAAGGGAGGGUUGAAGAGUUUAUUCAUGCAAGAACUCUAUCAGCAGCAGAUCUUCGUGAUCGAGAAAUAUCUGCUUUAAUAGCUUCGAAAAUGAGAGAGUUUCAUAACUUGGAUAUGCCUGCUCCUAAAAAUGUUGUCUUGUGGCAACGUUUAAGAAAAUGGGUGAAUGUGGCAAGAGAUUUGUGUUCUGAAGAGCAUGCAAAGGAAUAUCGGCUAGACAGAUUAGAUGAAGAAAUCAGGUUACUAGAGAAGUUCAUAUCGCGAGAUGAGGAAGAGAUUGGAUUUUGCCAUAAUGAUUUGCAAUAUGGUAACAUUAUGAUCAAUGACCAGAAUAAAACCAUCACUAUAAUUGAUUAUGAGUAUGCGAGUUACAAUCCAGUGGCCUAUGAUAUAGCAAAUCACUUUUGUGAGAUGGCUGCAGAUUAUCACACGGAUACGCCUCACGUCUUGGACUAUGAAAAAUAUCCUGGUCAUGAGGAGCGAAAAAGAUUUAUAAAGCAAUACCUCAGUUGUGCAGGCCAAGCAAAUAGUGUGACGAGCUUGGAUGAGCUUGAAGACGACAUAAACAAGUACACUCUGCCAAACCACAUCUUCUGGGGACUCUGGGGCUUAAUCUCGGCGUAUGUGAACCACAUCGAGUUUGAUUACUUGGAAUACGCAAGACAAAGGUUUCAGCAAUAUUGGUUGAAAAAGAAGGAAAUCUUGGGAGUUGUUAGUUAAUGGAUUUGCGGCGCAUUUAUAGGCAGCAAUUUUACCUAAUUUUCAAACCAAAAAGAAAAAAUAAAGAAAAUAAUACUUGGAUAGUGUAUUGUAUGAGUUCGGUUGUGUUGUGUGUUUCCUACAAUAUAGAAAAAAACAAUUAUUUGGUCUAAUGCACAAAUAUUUUUAUGUAAGAAUAUUUUAUGUGGAAGUAAAAUCAAAUAUUUUCAAUU